UUUCAAACGUCCAUCAUAAACGGAGUAAUGAAUACAAGAAACUAAAUGUAUUCCUGAAUUACUUGUUGAGGCAACCAAAGAUUUAACUGUACGGUUGUCUUGUCAACUAGAACAAUUGAGUGGAAGAUUCAAAAUCAAUAAGGAAACACACAAUAACACUAAACGAAUAGAAUAUUGGCAAAAUGAAAAAGUUCACUUUAUCCUACUUAGUCGAGAGUGAUUCCAACAAAAGUGUCAACAGUUUAGCAAAUAUUUCAAAUUCAAAUAUUGAAAUGGAUUUACCGAGAAUUACUGAAUUACUUAUAAUUAUUAAAGAUUUAAAUAAACAGACUACAUUAAAAGUGAUUGGAGAUGCAAUUAUUCUAGAUAUUAAGAAAAAACUUCUAUUCAGUGUUGGUGAUUUAUUAGUUGAUUCACAAAAUAUGGGUUUAUACUUACCUGAUGAACCAAGUCGUAAAGGGAAAUUUUUGGAAGAAGAACGUCUUUUAUCUGAAUACAUUAGUACUAAAACGGAAAUCACUUUAGAGUUUAUCUACAAACGUCGUACAACCCCGCCAUUUCAUAUGUCACCGACAUUAUUAAGUAAACUCUCCAAGAACUUCAUCAAAACAUUUUUCCGUUAUGUAUCUCGUGGGGAAUGUCAAAAGGUAGAGAAAUUGCUGUCGAAGGGAUUUGAUCCAAAUAUACAUUGUCCAAAGACUGGAGAAACUCCACUGACAGUAGCUGUUACACGAUCAAAACCUCACGAAAUGAUAGCAACUUUAAUCUCUGGUGGUGCACAUCGUGAUUUUUAUUCACUAUCUGGUUAUACACCAUUGCAUAAAGCUGUGACUGUUGGCAAUUUCGAAGGAGUCAAGACAUUAUUAGAUUUCGGACAAUCACCAAAUUGCUUAGACAGAUAUGGCUUGACUCCAUUGUAUUAUAACAUACUUUAUGAUCCCGAUACAAAAAUAUGUCAUAGUUUAUUGUAUGAACAUUCAAAACUUGGUAUAACCGAUAAAGAUGGUUUGCAAGAAAUACAUCAGGCUACACGUUUAAAUCGUGUUGAACAAAUAAAUUUAUUGUUAAUGUAUGGAGCUGAUGUGAAUGCACGAUGUAAACGUCCAAAAGAAGCGGUGAAACAUCACUUCAGUCUUGCUGUACGUCCACAGUCGUCAGUUGAUGGUGACACACCGUUACAUGUAGCAGCAAAUCAUAAUCAACGUGCAGCUGUACUACGCCUGUUAUCUUGGGGAGCUGAUCCAACCAUAGUGAAUGCGGAGAAUAUGACACCGAUACAAGUAGCACAGAAUAGUGGAAAUUUAGAAUUAGCUGAAUUAAUCAAAUUAUUUAGAGGCAGAAAAGAAUCUAGUGAUAUAUUUCUUCCAACACCUACAUAUAAUCCUCAUAGACGUGUAAGACAACCUCCACCUAAUUCUUAUAUUACUGAACCGUCGAUUUUGCAAAUUUAUACUCCAACUAAUAUAAAUGAAAACCAACUCAAUGAUCAGCAGUUAAAUAGUUGUAACAAUAAAAAUAACAAUUUUAUACGAGACUCAAAUAAAGAUUCCGGUGGUUUGAAUAACAUAGAAAAAAGUGCCACAUGUACAUGUCCAUAUACGACAUCAUCAUCAUCACCGACUAGACCAAUAAUCAAUUCCAAACCGAUACAACGUGCUGUUUCACUAUGUGAAUUAAUUCAAUCCAAUCCAUUUGAUGUAACUGGUGCAUCAACCACAAAAUGGAAUGAUGCAUGGGAUUUACGUCAAAGCGGAUUCAACAGUCCAUGUUAUGAUAUCAAUGGUGUAUCGAAUCAAAUUUAUUGUGAAAUGCCUAAAUAUGAAAAUGGUAUGAAUUUAGCUGGUACAUUAACUCGACCAGUAAAACUGAAACAAAAGUCUAAAGAUAUGUUCGUAUCGAAAUCUCGAACGGAUGCUUAUACACAGAAUCAUCAUUGUCAACGACAACAACAACAACAACAGCAAACUCAAAAACCGCACUGUCUCACAAUGCCGGUGACUGCAAAUAAAAACGCAUCCAACGAACGAACAGUAUCACGUGGUCAACAGACAGAUAUUUUGUACGAUUUAAUCACUCGCGAAAACAAAGGAUUCCAACGUGAAGGCAGCCAAACAGAUAGUGGUAUAAGUAAUUCAUCCUGUCGACCAAGUUCAUUCGGUUCUUUGAAUAGGAAUAACAGUAGUAAAAAUAACAUUGAUCAUAAUCAAAGUAACAAAUACCAGGAUGAGAUUUUGUCUUCAUACGAAAAUUCCAGUCAAUGGAAUAGAAAAGAUUUAACAAAUUAUCAGUCUAUUCAAUUUUCAAGAGAUUCAUCAAAUGAUGUUAAUAAACAUUCGAUCAAUACACUGAAUCGACAGUCAAAUAAUAUAAAAUCCAGUCAUGUCAAUGUAUGUGAUUCACGACAUUUACGACGAUCAUCUACAUUACAUGAACAUUUAGACUUGAAAUGUACCACAAAUUCAAAAGAUAAUAUACGAACUGUAAUUUUAGAACGAUAUGCCUAUUCAUCGAAUGGUUUAGAUAAAAAUGAACGUUCUUCAUUCGGUUUAUCAAUUCGUACAGUUAAAAAUUCAUCAGUAAUAGCUGAAUUCACACCGACAACAAAUAAGCCAAGUUUACAGACUGUUAAACGUGUUAUACAAGAUAGUCCAGCUGACAAAGCAGGUGUCAAAGUUGGCGAUUUCGUCCUAAAAAUCAAUGGUGUAGAUGUUACAAAGGCAUCUUUAAAUCAAGUGGUUGAUUUAUUGUCCAGUUCAUCUGGUGACAAAGUCUCACUAACAUUACUUUCACCGAAAUGUACAACGCCUUCUGUACCGGUCAAUAAUAAUGCCAACAUUCAUCGUGCUAAUGAGGACAAUGAUGGCGACGGUUGUAUUGAGCAUUAUGUGAUUACGAAAAGAUGCAGUGAUGGCAAUUCGAUAAAUUUAAUCAAUAGAGUAUUAUUACCUACACCAUCUACUAAAUGUAACCAAACAGUGAGAAGUACAAAGCUAGCUAGACAUACAACUAUUUCACCAAUUUCUUCCGAGAGAAGUUCUGACAGAACACAUAAAUCGUCAUUGAACGAGAAUUCUUGUUUAACAGAUGAAGGUAUAUAUUGUCAAUCACUCUGUACUAGUGCAAAUGUAUCUGGACGUAGUUCUUCAAGUAGUCGACUUACUACAAAUUUGAAUUCCACACAACAACCUUAUAUGUCAACUAAUAAUCAAACAUUUGAUGCCCAAACUCAUAGGGUACGAUUUCAAGGAUUGCCACGAUCACAAACAACCACUGCUAUUUCUGAAGUUUGUCAGGAUAAAUUUAAUAGUUCCAUGAUAAAUUCGUUGUACUUUCCUCGUCAUCCAAGAUUUCAACGUGUUGGUUCAAGUGAAUCACACAACUCUUCACAUUCACAAAUUUGUAAACAACAGAAUAAUGAUUUACACAUAGUUGAUGAAAGAUUGCAUAAACAUUUCAGUAGUGAUUAUCCAACGAGUGUGAUGCGUAAAACCGCAUCAAAACAACCACCUUUAGUACGAUCCUAUUUUACACCGGAUCAUCAGAAUUUAUCUAUUCUCACAGGUAAACCGUCACAUCUUAUUAGACGACCGGUAUCAUUGAACCCGGAGACAAGAAAAAAAAGUAUAAGUUAUCUAUCGGAUAACGAGCCAACAACAUCCACCAUGCAAACAACAUCAUCAUCGUCAUCAUCACCAACAAUAACAACAACCACAGGCGCAAUAAAUGCUACAUUCACAAGAACACCAAUGAGAAAUGAAUCAAAAUUAUCCAUUAGAGGAGGUUCUCCGACUAAUUCGGAAUUUUUACUACCACCACCUGCUGAAUUUUCCACUUAACUUGAUUCGAUUUUUCUUCUUUAUUAGUUUUUUUUUUAGCACUACGUUUCAAAAUUUGUCCAAAUAUAUAUUUACACACUUCACGUAUAGGCCACAUAUCAACAUGAUAUUUUAUGUAAGUGAUCAGUACUAUUGUUGUUGUUGUUGUUGUUGUAACUGUCACUAUUGUCAUCGCUGUCAUCUUUACAAAUAAUAAUAUCCAUUAAAGAAUUUUUGUACAGCUGUGAUAAAAUUUGAGUUUCCUAUAAUUUCUUACAAUAAUUUUCAUUAUUAGAUACCAAUUAGUUGAUUGUCUGUCAGCUUUGCGAAGAAUUGACUGACGUCCAGAUCUUUCUUACAUUUUACACAAAUAGAACAUAGCAGAAAUAUCAAAUACACGAGUUAUUAGAAGUAGAGGUGUUAAGAGAAAACUACUACUACUACUAAAUCUUUCCCCAAAACACAAUCAUUUCUUUUCUCUCUUAUCGACCAUUGAUUGACAAUGAAAAUUAUUUAUUAUCUUUUACUUUCUUCAAAUUUCACCACCUGCUUGCUUAUUUAGAUCAGAUAUAUAUAGAGUAGUAAUUAUCACUUGUGAUAGAUAAACUAAUGCAAACAUGUGUAUAUUAUUUAUGCAUAUAAUAUCAUUCACAUUUGCGAAACUAUGCUUAACUCAUUCAAUAUUUGAGUUGCAUUAUAUUACCACAUUGUCAGUCACAAUGUUAUCUCUUUCAUUUCUAUGUUCCGUUAUUUUCAUUCACUCUGUUGGCCAUUUCUGUCAUUCUCUCGAUUCAACUGUCUAUUAUUUUUCUUUCCUUGUUUUUAGCACAUUAUCUCUGUGUAACUCUGAUGUAGCACUUUUCAAAAUGCGUUUAAAUCAGUAUGUGUUUGUUUGCCCCAGCUAGAUGAAACUGUUUGUUGCCUGUUGUCAACUGUUUCCUGUACGAUUUAGUCCGAUUUUUUUCUACUUGUAUAAAGCCACAUUUUUUUAGUAACAAGUAAUGUGUAUUAUUUUUUUUUUUCUUUCGUCGAGAAUCACUGCCUUUUUUUCUCUUUUAAAGUGUUGUUUUUUUUCUUUUUCUUUUUACAAUCUAUUCCGCUGUUUAAUUGCAAAAUUAAAAUAUACUGCUUAUGGUAAAUACCAUCAUCACAUUGAAAGAAAGAGUAAUUCUUUGCUGAUAGUGCACAAAACAAUACGAAGCGAUCAUUUUUAAAAGUAAAUUGUUUGCUUACAAACAACAAUGUUUACAAUGUUUAAUGAAUGAGUCAUUCAGCUAUGUUGUUUUUUUUUUUUAAAAA